UUUCUGCAAUUAUUUAAAUAGAAUCUCAAAAUAUGUAUUAAAGGAAGCAGAAAAAGUUGAAAAACAAAUGUUUUCUCUUCUAUACAGUAGAAAAGUUAGUUAAAAACCACUAAUUACUACUUGUCAUUCAAUCAUAUGUUAUUAAUUAGUGAUGUCAGUGUUUGUUUACUAAUGACAAUUUUGGGAAAACUAAAAAUUUUCUGAAGUCUUUAAUCGUAGUUAAAAUGAAUAUAUCCGAUUCCAAUGGAGAGUCAUCCUCGAAGCGACAAGAAAAUGGCGACGGUUCAACUGGAUCGGAGCGCCCACUCAAGAAAGCACGUUUUGCGUGGCAAGUUAAAGGCAAAUAUCACUUGAAAAACGAAUCAAAUAAGUCUUCUGCGGUGCUAAACAACGAAUCUGAGAGGGCUGGACCCUCCUCGGAGACCAUUAGUAACUCUAAUGCCUUAGUAGGUAACACUGAGCAGAAUUUAGAGAUAUUGGGAGACUACCUUUUGAAGCAAGAUUUCAAUACUUUAGAUUCUGUGAUAACCGACUCUGACAAAUCACUGCUCACGCCAAGUGCAAGUGUGACUCCCGAAACGCUGCAAUAUCCGAGAUAUGUGAGCUCAUAUGACAAUAAUAGGUACCAAAAUGCACUGCAGUCCACUUCUGGAGCUAACAAUCAUGUUGUAGCACCCAGGUCCAUGGUUGUUUCUAAUAGCUACUGUGAAGAUCAGUGUAUAGCUAGAUGGCAAGCUAGACAGAUGGCUAAAGGUUUUGUGGACAACACCAUAAAUCGUGUGUUAGACUCAUGGCUCCAUCCACCGCUGCCACCUAACAUGAACGAGUCGAGGUUUCUUGCACUAGAUGUUGCAGAGUUCAUCAAUAAUUUACCUGGAGACAAUUCUAUUGAAAAUGAAGGCAUACUUAUGGCCAUAUCAGCACAUGGACUCCAAAAUGCAUCAGGAUCUAGUAGCAACAGUCAAACUCAUUCAGGCAGAGAAAAUCCUUUCUACUCGGAACGUAGACCAAGUGAAUUUCCUUCUCCACCCAGCAGUCCAGAAAUAAUUGACAAUGUUACACAUCAAUUUGCUGCUGCUGAAACAGCCCAUGAUUUAUCAUGGUUAUAUGAAGACAGUCAGAAGAAAAAUGAAAGCAAUGAUACAGCACCAUUUCCAUUUUUCCCUGAGUCCUCAAACUCAUUUCACAACUUUAAUGACAAUGUUUGCCCCCAUGAAAAUUAUAUGCAAUCUGAUGGUGAGGACAAUAAUGCUGAGAAUCACUUUGAUUUUAUGGAUGCUGCUGUUUCAUUUGCCAUACAAAAUAAAGGAUUGACUACAUUUGGCACUGAUUACGGUUAAUUUUAAGAAUAUAACUAUUCUGUAACUAUAAACAAAUAGCUGUGAUAAGACAAUUUUUAUAAAACACUAACCCCUUUUUAAUACAUACGGUAUUUUUAAUGUAUAAUUUCACUUUUUACAUAAUAUUUUUCACUUUUUGUUUGAUUAAAUAAAGUUUUUUUAUUAUUUUAAUAUUUAAGAGAGAUAAUCAUUGUUUGCUAUUGUUAUGAAAAGUAUAUUUUGAUUUGGGGGUUAGUCAAUGUCUGCUGCCCAUCAUAAUCAAUGUAUUUGUUUCAAAUUGCAUUUUGAUUUUUUUAUUACAUCAAUCUGUAUCAAUAUGUAUCUAGUAAUCGUAUGUAAUGUUUGCCCCAAAAACAUUGUAAUUGUUUUAUCAUAGUUGUUAAAACAUUAUAUUUAAGAUUAUCUUAGAUUAUUAAUUAUGAUAACAUUAUGAAAGACUUGAUAAGCACAAAAGUAGAUUUAUUAAUGUGUAACUUUGAGAGUGGUGUUAGAAUGAAUGUAUGUACAGCCUGCCAUAGAAUAACAGUAUUUUAAAUAGAUAAUUAAAAUGUAUCAUUAAUUCAUUAUAUCAUUAAUUAAUUACUCUCACUGUUACAUUUCAAGAUACAAUACCAAUGUAUGAUCUGUAAAUGUGAUAAUUUUAUGAUUAAUCCCAUGAAAAGUCAGAAAAGUACCAUUUGAUGUAAAUCAAUUUCUAGAAGUACAAAGUUUCAGUUAUAUUGAAACAUAUCAAAUGACUGAGCUUGGGCACAGGGAUUUAUCAACUUUGAUUGUUUCUAUGAAAAAAUAUUAUCCAUUUAAACUUUGUAUUAAAACACUACAUUUGUGAUUUCAAGUGAUGAAAUUGCCUGAUUUGUUGUGAUUAAAGUUCAAAAUCUGAGUGGCGUUCGAAAGAAUAUUUUUUAGCGAACUGUUGGAACCUUUCAAAUGGGCUUAGUUAGUUAUUCGUUUUCUCCAUAUCUUAGUUUUAUGGGUGAAACAAUGAUUACACAUUAAACUUAUCUCUGAGGAGAAAAAUAAAUGGGUUUAGAUGCUUACAAUAUGCGGCAAUAAUUGUCGCCCAUUAUAUGAACUCGGAAAUGCGAGGAUUUUCAUCUCCUAUCUGCAAAUAAUACUGAAGUAUUUUUUGUAUGACCAUAAUUUUAAAUUUAAACUUUAUUUUAACAUUUCUGUAACAUAGGUUUAGUAUGAAAUGUAUGCCAUAAUUACAGUCAAUAAAAUGAUACUCAUAAUGCAAA